AUGUGGGACUCGGUUGUAUCCCUCGUCAAGAGGAUCAAGGUCCCAGUCACGGCCUCAACUACCGCUGCUGAGGCUGCUGAGAUGCAACGAGAUCCGUGGUCAAAAUCAGCCAAAUAUGGGGUUGGAUUCGUCUAUUUCGCCGUCGUGCUGCUGAUCAUCACGACUCUCAUCCGAUGCUGGCAUAUCUGGGGCGACAAGAUGCGAAUUGCAUUUCACAAAGAGAACCGACCUCAGAUCUUCCGUGACGACUCCGUAUCGGAUGAAUAUGAGCUGCCAAGUGCUGGAACAGAUGCUUCCAAUGCCCAUUUUUUCCCAUCGCCAAAUGCCAUCUCUACUCCAAAGAGGCACGAAUCUCAUUUUGCUCGGAUUCUUCCCUUGAACAAGGCAAUUGCUUUCAUGCGAUGGGUCUUUUACAGACCAAUGCCAGUUCUCAGAGCUUGGAAGGUCGAAGUUGUGUUUCCAUCAUUAUCAGUCACAGUGAUUGUACUGGCGGCUCUGAUAUUUGUGACGUUGUACUGUUUUGUGCCUCAACCUCUAUACUACUGGUCGAUUGCCCUCGGAUCGCCCCCGUUGGCUAUUCGAUCAGGGAUGCUUGCAGUGGCUAUGGUCCCUUGGAUUGUGGCACUAAGCACCAAAGCAAAUUUCAUCAGUUUUAUGACCGGCCUGGGCCCUGAGCGGUUGAACGGGCUGCAUCGCUGGUCUGCCUAUAUCUGCCUCUUUCUGUGCCUGGUCCACAUGAUUCCGUUCUAUAUUACUCCAAUCUGGGAAGAUGGCGCAUUGGUCAACUAUCGCCUAGGAAUUCCUCCGCACGUCUAUGUUUAUGGAACCGGGUUUGCAGCGCUGGUGCCUCUACUGGUCUUGUGCAUUCAUUCGCUUCCUUUAUUCCGUCAUUGGUUCUAUGAGCUGUUUGUUUUCAUUCAUAUACCCGUCUCAUACGUUUUUGUGGCAUUUUUAUUCUGGCACACAAGAAACUACCUUUCCUCCUGGGCCUAUCUCUUCACCACCAUCGCCAUUUGGGUCGUCACUUAUAUCAUUCGACUGUUCUACCUGAACUGGACAAACCCUUUACGCACAUCUUCGUUCUUGAUAGGAGAAGAAUGUGCCAUCACCCUUCUCCCACAGAAUGCUGUCAAGGUUACUAUUCCUACAAAGAUGCGAUGGCGCCCUGGACAGUAUGUCUACCUUCGGUUGCCAAGAAUCUCGGUUCUCCAGAGUCAUCCUUUCACAAUAUCCUCGCUCUGCAGUGACGACUUCCCAUCUGCCUAUGGUGAGAACUAUCGUGACCUAACGCUUGUCUUUCGUCCGUUUGGUGGGUUUACAAAGAAGGCUUUCCGCAAAGCCUUAGAGAAUGGUCCUUACACGAUCUACAGUGCAUUUCUAGAAGGGCCCUAUGGCGGUAUGCAACGUGAGAUGGCUGCCUUUGACGAUGUGAUCUUCUUUGCUGGAGGCAGUGGUAUUACUGCCAUUGCAAGUCAACUGUUAGACCUUAUCAAGAAGAUUCGAGAUGGCAAAGCUAUCACCAAAUCUGUCAAAGUCAUCUGGGCACUGAAGAGCCCAGAAACAAUGUCUUGGUUCCAGGAGGAGUUGCGUAUCUGCCGCGACUAUGCGCCAUCAAACAUUGUGACCUGUCAUUUCUUCCUUACGGGAGUCAAGCAAGAUGAUCAACUUGGGCGAGAUACAGUCCAGGAGAAGAUCUACGGCAUGCUCCAGGGGAUCGACAAGCGGAACUCUGCCUAUAUUCGCGCCGAAGCUGCCGGUAACCCGGACAUUGAAAAAGAACUACGCCGUGAGAACGAAGAUGGCAUCACUGCUCUUCCUAAUUCUUACCCGGCUGCUCAUGCGCCAAACACUCGUCAAUACUAUCAACCAGCAAUGGACCCUUAUGCUUCACCUGGAUCUGGAUCUGUCAACCCUCAAUUCGACUUCGGAUUUGGCACAUCACAAGCAGUGCCACAGAGACCUCCGGUAUCUCCAGCACCACGUUUUGCAUACUAUCAACCGCGAGCGCGAGACAACUGGCGUACUGACUACUUCCGUCCCAACAUCCCUCAAAUGAUCAAUGAGUUUUCUAAGAGCUUCGGCCGCCGGGCAUGUGUAUUCGUCUGUGGUCCUCCCAGCAUGCGUGUGGAAGUUGCCAAUACAGUGGCCAAACUCCAGCUGCAAGUGAUGUUGGACUCAUCGAAAGAUGAAAUCUUCUUGCAUGCUGAAAAUUAUAACAUCUAA